AUGGUUAAAUCCUUCACCAAGAUAUACCCACGUGCUCACAGAUAUACCCACGUGCCUACAGAUAUACCCACGUGCCCACAAAUAUACCCACGUGCCCACAGAUAUACCCACGUGCCCACAGAUAUACCCACAUGCCCACAGAUAUACCCACGUGCUCACAGAUAUACCCACAUGCCCACAGAUAUACCCACAUGCCCACAGAUAUACCCACAUGCCCACAGAUAUACCCACGUGCUCACAGAUAUACCCACGUGCUCACAGAUAUACCCACAUGCCCACAGAUAUACCCACGUGCUCACAGAUAUACCCACAUGCCCACAGAUAUACCCACGUGCUCACAGAUAUACCCACAUGCCCACAGAUAUACCCACGUGCCCACAGAUAUACCCACGUGCCCACAGAUAUGCCCACAUGCCCACAGAUAUACCCACAUGCCCACAGAUAUACCCACCAACCAGCAAAUCUGAAUGA